CUCCGAGAGGCACGUCAGGGCCCAGCGUGCGCGCUUCUCGUCUCGAUCCAGUGUGUGUUGUGUGUGUUGUGUCUGUGUCAGUGUCAGUGUCCGUGUCCGUGUCGGUGUCCGUGUCUGUGUGCGCGUGUAUGUGUUUUGCCUGUAAAAAGCCAAGCCAAAAGGCAGCAGAUUCCCGUUCUGUGGCAAAUUUGUGCUGUAAUCGGCGGUACAUUGUGCAAACGAAAAAAAAAAGCGAAGUGAAAGUGCGACACUGAAGCGAUAACAACAACAACAACAACAGCAACAACUACUUUAAGAGCAACGACAACAACAACAACAAGAACAACAACUGGCAACUGACAACUGGCAGCAACGAUGUGCGGGGCAGUGCCAUUUCAACUGUCAAAAUGACAAAAGAAGCAGCAACAGCAACCACUACAACAAUAACAACGAGAAGCAAUUAAAAAUAAAUAAACGAAAACAACGUGUAAAAGUGUUGAUAUGCAAUUAUUAAAUAAUAUUCUAGUUGCAGUUAAAGCUGAGUAGAAACACAAAACCGAAAACGAAAUCGUCGUCAUUCAGGAACAAAUGAAGACGCUGGCGAGCGUCUUCCUCUCGCCAUCUGACUGACUCUCGCUGUCUCUCUCUCCCUCUCUCUCUCUCUCUCACUCCGUCAGUCUCUCAAUCUAUUGCUCUCGCUACAACUGUCACUCUCUCAGUCUAUGCAACUCCCCCUCUCGCUCACUCACUCGCUCGCUUGUUCGCCUGUCGUCGUCGACUCAACUCGCGCGCUCUCUUCGGCUCUCACAACAACAACGGCAGCGAGUGCUGUGAGCAUUGGCUGGCCGAAAACAGCUGUUUUUGUCCGGUCUUCUUCUGCGUCGACGCGUGUGUACAUAACCUCAAUCAUCGAGCAACAAAGUAUAACAAAAAAAAAGUCCUCGUGCUGCGCUUGGAUGUUGCGGUAGGCAGCAACGCAACGUCGACGUUGACGUUGGCGUCGUCCAGCCCACUCUCUCUCUCUCACACUCUCGCACUCUCUCUCGCUCCUUUGCUCGCGCAUUUUCGCGCACUCACUCACACUCACACUCUCAGACUUUUGUGCUGCUUUGACGAGUGCAACGGCUGCGUCUAGCCCAAGGAGCAGCAGCUCUCAGGCCGAGCCGCAGGCUUUGGCUGUUGCGGGUGGUGACGUCGCUGCAGCUGCUGCUGCGACGCCGACGUCAACAACAACAACAGCAACGAGAACAGUAACAGCAACAACCACAAUAGCAGCAGCAACGGCAGCAACGACAACAGCAGCAGCAGCAGCAGCAACAAUCAGCAGCAACAUCAGCGCCCUGUGUGCACCGACAAUAAUAUGAGGAGUGGCAGUUCGGAAUUACUACUCGAGCAGCAACAACAAGAGCUACGGUUACGUAAAAUCCGAGAACUGGCUCCAAAAAAGAAAAAUGGCAAUCGGCGCUUUCGUUCGUGGCGGGAACGUGCGCGUUUCUAUGGCACCUCAACACUCGCCUUCUUCUCGGUGACCGCCGGCGCAUCGCUGCUAUUCCUGGUGCCGCUCUACGUCGAUCCGGCCAUCUCGACGCUGAGUCACGAUUUCGUCGAGCAUCCCACGCUGUGCACAACGACGCGUCGCGAAGAUCUCGUCGGUAUCUUCAACUGUUCGUGGAGCUCGUGCCGCGAGGGCUGCACCUCAGAUCUAUAUCGUUGUGUCCACAUCUAUGUGACGUUUAUCGAACAGAACAUAACGAUACCCGAGAAUAUGACCGAUUAUAGCAAUUAUACCGCCGAUUGGGAGCAAUCCAAUGAGGCAACGCUGCUCGUCAACAUCAAAGGUUGCGGCUAUCCGCCCACAGUGACGUGCAAAAAUUUCAAUAACUAUUAUGGCGUCGAGGGCGCCAUCUAUCCGUGUUUCUAUUCACGUAAAAAUAAGACCGUCGUCCUAACGUCCUACAAUCACGACGAUCAGGUGUCCAUGAUCAUACAUUUUUUUGUGGUGCCAUUUGUGAUAACGGUCAUCUCAUCCAUCGCCCUGUGCAUCAUGCACUGCGACUGCCGCUGCAAAAAGGAUCGCAGCCAUCGACGCAAUCGUCCCCAGUGCCGUAGGCCGCGCAUCGAAAAUCUCAGUGACACUUCGAUAUCAACGCGCGUGGACAUGCUCACGCCUGCUAUUGAAGUCUAUAAGCCGCCGCUCUGACACAAAGAUGACACUGUGGAGAGCAAUUUAGGGAAUCCAUCGACGAGUAGCGAUUUCUAGCAGAAGCUAAUCACCACUGCGGAACUAACUACGGAUAAUCUAUUUGUUCUUCCAUCAUAGUGUCAAUCAAGUCUAGCAAACUGAAUUCUGAAACAAAAACCUUAAAACCCAAACAACUUUUGGCUACAAUGGAGGCCAAACAACAACUCCUCAGGCGCCCAAAAAUAACAAAAAAAAAAAAAAAAAAACAAGCGAACAAUCCCAGGGCCAAGGCCAAGGUCGUCGAUAACUACGCACUGGACGCAACACUGAGAAGUUUUAAACAGAAACUACCAAUUAACACAUACACUAACACUACUACACAAACACAAACACACAGACACACACAUACACCUACACAAAACAUAUACAAUGGAAGUGAAGCAACAAAAUGAAUGAAAGAAAAGAGAAAAAGAAAACAAAAAAUAAUAAUAAUAAUUGAUCCAACUGAAUAAUUCCUAAGAUUGAUUACAUUUAGUUACUUUUUAGCGUAAAUGAUUUUUAAACCUGGCCGGCAAAUUGGCGGCCUCCAAAUUGCUUCAACAAAAAGCAACACAAAAACAGAAAACAAAAACCGAAAACAAAUGGAAACUAGUUGUAAGUAUUAGGGUAUUCAAUAUAUAUAUAUAUAUAAAUAUAUAUGAUUAUAUAUGGCAAUGCAACAUCGCAUAUUUUCGUAUAACCGCGAUGAAUUGGGGAAGGAAGGAGAAGAGCAUAAGAAUUGUGUUUGUAUCUGCAACAAAUUUAAUAUGUAGUACGUGUAUAUUAUAUAAUGAGAGAAAUGUGUUUGCAAUGUGUAUCGAAUAUGUAAAUUUAGUUAUGUAAAUUUAAAUGACAAAUAUGACAAACGACAAACACAACAAAACGAAACAAAAAAACACAAAGAACAAACAACAAACAACCAAAACCAACAACAAUAUUUGUGAGUAAUAAUAAAUGCAAUGAAUAAUUUUUGUACUGCUGAAAAGAAUAAAUAACAAAAAUAAUGAGAAAACAAAAAAAUUUAACAUUAGAUGUACAAUUUUGCAUAGUUUAUGAAUAAGUUUGUAAUGCGUUCGUAAUAUAAAAAACAAAAACAAAAACAGAAAAAACACUCACACACAAAACCAAAAUGAAUGCAAACCUUUAGCUAAAUUUAGAAAAACUAAAAAAAAAGGAAAAACAAAAACAAAAUAGCAAACCAAAUUUUCUCAUAAUCCAAUCAACUGUUUUUCAUUUCGUAAUUUCACAUUUGAUUUCCAAUUACAUUUUCACGCUUCGUUUAUUUCUGCUGUUGCAUACAAUUAAAAUGCAUCCACACCCACACACACACACACUCACAGUCAGUAGGGAGUUUUGAAUUUUUGAUUUGGACAUUUCAGGACGUCAACUAGCUGAGUAUAUAGACUCUAACAAUAGCCAUAGUCUCAGCUUCAAUCGAAGUCCAGAGCUAAUGAGCCCUCACAAAGUGCCCCCAAAAAUGAAGAUGUAAUGAAUUUGCUAAAUAAAUGAUUAUUUAAAUUAAAUAAUGAAUGGCAAAAAGCAUAAUUAAUUUUAAUUGUAAGCCUAAGAUAUAUUGUUUAUGCUCCAUACCAAUUUUGUUCAAUCAAGCAAGCAAGCAGUCUUUAAUCGGCAAAUAAACCUUUUGUAUAUAUAAAACAGAAAACUUAAACACAUAAUAAUAUGUAUGUAUGUAUAGUUAAAUGUUUUCAGACAUAGUUAAUUAUUGUUUUUGACUGUGAUCACAUUAAUAAUACUUAUGUAUAAUUGUAUUAUAAUUGUUGCAUUGUUGAACAACAAAAAUUUUAAAACUUACAUAUUUGAAUUAAAUCAAUCAAACCAAAAGCAAUUCAAUUCACAGUCUCUCGCUUCAAUAUUAAUUAUAAUGAGUAAAUGAUAAAUUAUCUAAACCAACAACAAAAAAAAAAAAAAACCAAGCUAAUUUUAUGCAUUCCGUUUUUAUUCUCUCGAUGAUUAUUUGAUAUUUAUCGAAUUACAAAUUCUAAAGGAUUCAAUGGGAUUAAUGUCGCAUCCAUAUAAUGCGUUUAAUCUUACUUGAAGCUUCAAUGUGCUUUCAGAAAGCUCUUCUCAUUCAUGUUGACAAAUUGGAAUCCCCCCUUUCAGCAAAUGUCAUUGGGACUCAAGCAGCAUUUAAAUUCUCAAUUUCGCAAUUGCUUCGCACACACUGAAAUUUUUUCUUAUAUAUUUUAUGAUUUAUUUUUUGAAUAUAACAGGAAAACUGGGCAAAAUGUUUGCCUCAAAGAAACGGAUGUGCUUGACAAUAUAAUUUCUAAAAAAAAAAAAAAACUAAAAUAACAAGCAAAUAAAAGAAUACUUAGAACAAAAUAUGUUUUAGCAAAACGAUUUGAAUUAUCAUUUUCGAUUGCUUUGUAGUUUUUUCGUAUUUUAUUUUAAUAGGCAUUUCACAUACUACCGCUCAUAGAACUUCUGCGCCCUGUACUAGAUGAGGACAAUGACGAUAAUGGUAAUUGAAUGAUGGGAUAUUGAAUGUUAACAUUUAGUGUUUAGAUUGGCGCAGAACAGGAUAACGGUUGGCAUUUGGCAAUUGCAUAGUUUUUAUAUUAAUUGUAGAUAUACGUAUGUGAAUGUUAAGCUGGUGAAAUAAUAAAAAUAUAAAUAAAUAUAAUAAACGGAAAGCAGAAAAACACGCUAUAUGAUAUAAUGAUAAUAUCAAAAUGUUCAUAGUUAAGAGACAAACAAUAAUACUGAAAGCAAAUCUAAAAGCAAAAUGGACAAAAAAUACUGUAAAUAAGUUGAGCCGAAUAUAUAUAAUUUUUGAUAGUUAAGCUUAUCGAACAAAAAUCAUGCGGAAACGGAAAGGCAAAAAAUAUAAGCAAAUAAACAUUGUGUACUAAGAAAGCAGCGCAUAGUUAAUAAAAUUAUGCCUCAGCAGCAGUUGAAUUACAAAAAACAAAAAUAAUGAAAUGAAAAUACAUACAACAUAAUAUCCAUUUUAUACUCACGCUUCAUGUUGAACAUGCUCGUUAAUUAUUUCGUUGUUACAUAAAUACAUAAAGAUGCAUACGAAACAUACUAUACAUACAUUUAGUACUCGUACAUAUGCAACAACAAAAAUCGAAGUAUAAAUAACUAAAUAAUAGUAACAAAUUGAUACACAAUUGCACACACACUUUUUUUUACCAAAUUGGCUUUGAUGAGACUAUGGUUUAAUAACAAAUUUGAUAGGAAUUUAGUUUACAAGCAAUUUGAAUACGGCAAGACCACAAACUAAAAAAAAAAUACAUAAAAAAUAAGAAUACAUUGAAGCGUAUAAAAAUAAAUUCAACAACAAACAAAAGAAGAAACAAAACAAACACAAAGAUGAUGAAAUGAAUAAACAACAACAAUGGAAAAAAAACACAAAAAAAAAACACAAUGAACAAUAAAAAAUUUAUUUAUAUAUAAUUGAUGAGAGAAAUAAUCGAAAUACAUAAAAAAUAAUAAUAGAACUAGGCGCAUAUUGAAAAAUAAACGAGAAAUAUUAUU